CUACGGGCCAAGCCCAUUAGGGUUAGGGUUAUGUUAUAUUUGAGUGGAGACCCCUCUUUCGUUCUCUGUUUAGUGUUGAACGCUGCCGAAACCCUUCCCAAUCCCUAAGGUAAGUGAGUGGUGGGAGAGUGAAAAUGGUGGAGAAGGCCAAGGGUAGAAAGGAGGAGGUGGUGACCAGAGAGUACACCAUUAAUCUCCACAAGCGCCUCCAUGGCUGCACAUUUAAGAAGAAGGCCCCCAAGGCGAUUAAGGAAAUUAGGAAGUUUGCUCAAAAAGCCAUGGGGACCAAUGAUGUGAGGGUGGAUGUGAAGUUGAACAAGUAUGUCUGGAGUCAGGGAAUCAGAAGUGUUCCAAGGAGGAUUCGGGUGCGCAUUGCUCGCAAGAGGAAUGAUGAUGAAGACGCCAAGGAAGAGCUAUAUUCUCUUGUCACGGUUGUUGAAAUACCCAAGGAUGAGCUCAAAGGGUUGGGCACCAAGGUUAUUGACGAUGAAGAUUGAUUUAUCUGUUUGAAACCUUGAGACAUAUAAGUAGUUUUUUGUUUCCGCAAUUGAGUCGUCUUUUUUAGAUUAUCAAGUUACUCCUAAUUUUGUUGAGCUGCUUCGGAUUUUGUUGAGACAAUGUGGUUUGAUAAUAUCAAUUUAGUUUUUGCUCUUGCUGUUGUGUUUGUGUUAAUGAAAACGAAACAUUGAUUUUGGCCUUCA